UUCAUCAAGUCCCAGUCUCUGUCUCUCUCGUGCGCUGCAUUUCAAGAUGGCUUCCUCAGGAAAGAAGGGUAAGACGAAAUGGAAGCCCGUAGAAACUUCUCAAAUCAUCAAUCCAAGUGUAACUCGCAAACUGACUACCAGCAGCUGGGCUGAUGAAAGCGUCAACGAUCUUGAUGAUACGUACGACUUUGGUCGCAAGGCUACUCUGAAUGUCGCCCUGCCUACUGCUCCUAGAGCUGCACGAGGCCCUGAGAAUGAUGCAAACAUACCCAAGGAACCACCUUUCCAAGCAUAUCUGUCUAACCUCUCCUACGAGGUUACUGAGGAUGACCUACAUAACUUCUUUGCUGAAUUAAGGGUGAAGAGUGUGAGACUUCCUCGGGAUGAUAGAGGCAACAACAAAGCUAAAGGAUUUGGUUAUGUUGAAUUUGAGGACCGGAACAGCUUAAUUGAAGCACUGAGCAUGCCAGACACUACAUGUAAGAAUCGCCGUAUGCGGAUUGAAGUAGCAGAAAAUGGAGACCAGGGACGUGGGGGGCGCGGUGGUCCCAGAGACCGUGGUCCUAACGAACCUGAUCGUACAAUGGGAGACUGGCGAUCCGGCCCUCGCAUGGCUGAAAACGAUUCAUCAGAUAGAGAUGGGUAUAGAUCCGGCCCUCGUAGGGAUUACGGAGGAGACCGAGGUGGAAGUGGAAUGUACGACCGAGACAGGAGGCCUGGAGGAGGAUUCAGGGACAGAGACGAUGGCUUCCGCAGCCGAGACGGGGGCUUCAGGGAAAACCGUGGGUUUGGUGACAGGGGUGGAUUUAGGGACGACCGAGGAGGCGGGUUCCGUGAUGAUCGUGGGACUGGUGGUGAUUUCCGCUCAGGUGGUUUUCGGGAUGACCGUCCUUCAAGUGGUGGUUUUCGGGAGGACAGGGAGCGUGGAGGAUAUGAUCGUAGGGGAGGUGGUGACUACGAUAGAGACAGAGGUAGUACCGGUAGUACCUGGAGAAGAGAGCCUGAGAGAGAUCGUGGUGUAGAACCACCACCACCACCAUCUGACAGAAAUGAGCCUAAAACAAGGACAAGGCUGAACCUCCAACCUAGAUCUCGGCCUUUGGAGGAGACCAUGAGUAACGACGGGUCUUCAGACACUGCAUCUGUGACUAGUGUAGGAGGCCAGAGUACUUCCUCGUCAUCAACCGCAACAUCUAUCUUUGGUGGCGCACGUCCUGUAGACACAGCUGCACGGGAACGUGAGAUUGAGGAACGUUUGGCUAAACAGCGUGAGACCACUCCUGCUACCCCCAGCACCACUUCUCGUGAAGAAAGCAGGCUACCAACCAAUCACACAGCAGGGCCAGCGACACGUGACACUACAAGUGAUGCACCCUCUCCACCACAGCCAUCCCCUUUGGAACCGGCUCCCCCUCCCAAGGAAAAUGCUUGGGCUCGUAGAUCACAGCAUCCGCCAUCGUCUCAGGUUAACAAUGGAAGAAUAAGCCCUCACGAUGAUGGUGAGGUAAAUAAACAAAGAGAUUCGUCUCCUAACAAUGAACCCCGGAAAUAUCAACCACCUAGAAAGAACGCACAUGAUGAGAAGAAGAGAGGUGAGUCAGACGAACGAGGUCCACCCAGAGGGGAGGGAAGAGGUCAAGGAGGUGCACCAAGGGGAGGUGGUGGCCUGCGGAAUCCUGACACCCGCCAACAGGCUCCUCCGGCUAAGCCAAGAGAGCCAAAACGAGAGAUUGACGAUUCAAUAAGAAUGCCUAAGCUUCAAGAACAUCAAACCCCUAAUUUUGUGGGUUCAAACAAAUUUGCUUUUUUGGAAGAGUCCGAGAGUGCAGCAGAUUAAGUAUCCGUCACUUUUUUCCCAUCACUCCUGCUGCCACUUUGUAUUUUAAUUCAAGUAGACCUCUUCAGAUUUAUACCUCUUUUGUUUUGUGUUAAUUAGUCUAUUGUUAGUAAGUUACGAUUUGUUACCUGUUGUUAUUGUAACUUAAGUUCAAGUAAUCAGAAUAAUUCAACUUAAGGUUCAGGUCAUUUGCAGAAUCUAAUGAAUUCAAUUUGGUUACCAAUCUGGCGCAAUUUUGAUAGAACUUGUUACAAAUUUAAGCUUAUAUUUAGAGUGUAGACCUUUUGUAUAACUGAACUGUUAGUUGCUAUCCUAUUCUUCUUGUAAAUACUGUAUAUGUCUUAACUUGUAAAAUAUGGAAACUACAACAAAAUAUUAUAGUAGCUUAUUGGUUAAUGACUAAAAACAACUACUAAGUAGGUUAUUGGGAAUAGACCAAAAAUAUUUUAAGGGUAUUUUUUAAAGAACGCUAUAUAAAUUAACAAAUGUUUGUUUUGCGAACUGUAUUGUCGACUAAUGAUCGAUUAAUUUGUAAAACUGUGUGCCAUUUGCUCUUUCAUGCUUCUCAAAGGUCCAUAAACUCCCUUUUGUUCAAACAAAUCAGGACUGGAUCCUUGUAUUAACUAAAAACAGUUUAAAACCAUCAAAAUGAAUGGAUACAUUCUAGAAACACACAUUAUGUGCGGAGUGAUGUAUUAGAUGGAAGGCUUUUAUUUAUGUGGCCACAGGUAAAGUGACACGACAGUGUUUUAUACAUUGGUGGGGAGUCUAAAUAACCAUUUAGUCAGUCCAUGAUCUUUUCCUAUUCUAUUACUUAAUAUAUUUAGUGAAUUUUCUUCCCUUUAGCUUAUUUAAUUUGUUCUAAGAACAAUAAAAUGUACAUCUUAAAUCAUUUUAAACAAUGGCUUCUAAUCAAAGAUUAGUUUGUGUAUUUGAAUGGUGAAAAUAUCAAUUUUAAAUGUGUAGUUUGAUUUGUUGUCAAUUGCUCAGGUAGCACUAUUUUUUUUAAAAAAACAACAUAGUUGUGGAUACUGUUAAUUUUGGUUUGUCUCAAAAUAUAGAGUGACAGCGGGUGUAGCAUUUACUUGCAGUGUUUUUGUAAAUUCAACUCUGGGGUUGUAAACACUUAUGUUGUCGGACUCAUUCAUUAUUUCUUUAAGUUUUUUUUCGGGUGGUUAUUUUCAUUAUAACGUCUAAUACAAGAAAAUGUUGUGGUGUAUUUAUAAAAUAUCUGUUUGUAUUAUAUCUUAUCGUAGUAUUACAUCUUUUGUCUAGAAUUUUUAUAAGGAAAUUAAUGUACAGUGAGAUUUAGUUGAACCGUGUAAAACAUGCUAUGAUACCUUUGUUAGGUCUUGCUGAUUUUCAACUACCUAUUGUACCUACUUUAUCGUGAACAUAGAAAUAAAUAUCUUAACCCAUAUCUCUGUGGACAGAUUUAUGUUUAUCUACGAAUUGAUUUUUAACUUAAAACUUACUUCAGUAAAUUCUAAUGAUUUUAACAUUCCAUGUGAUUUAAUAUAUUUAGAUGGGAUAUAUAAUAUCAAAGACAAGUACCUACCGAAACUAUAAUUUUUUCUCUAUUUGCUUGAAGGUUUUUAAUAAAAGACUGCUGUAUGUAAAUGUAAAUUCAUCGCAAUAACUAAUAAUGUGGCCACAGAGAGCCAAACCGGGCUAGGUCGCUCUGUAUUAUGUUGCUUAAACUAGUCAUACAUUGCAAACCUGGUUCUUUUUGGCAACUGUUAGACUGUAUGUUUGUUUGUAGUGCCCCAGUACUAGUUUUAUAUUAGUAUUGUUUUCUGUGAGAAUGGAACAGUUUGUUAUAAAUAAACUAUGCUAUCUUU